ACAGCAAAAACCUUUAAGGGGGUAGGCAGAGUAUGUACAAGUUCCUUGGGACAUUUGGAUUUCAUAUAAAUGAAUUGAUUUCAAGAAUUUAAAAUAUUGUGGAAUUAAUUAUGAAAGUUUCAGAAGAAAGAUUCUUCUUGUUGUUGAAUUUGAAGCUGAGGUGUCAUAGAUUCAUCAGGAGUUCCGCAAUACAUCAACAAUGAAAGGCGCUGAUUCUUGUAUUAGAUAUUUGCAAGAAGUAUAUAGACGCAUUUUAAACCAACAAAUCGGGCUACAACUGUCAUGUUCUUGCUCCCUCUUAAUUCGAGUCUUACCAACAUACUCCUACACCGGCCUCCGUUCUCGGGCUCGGGGUUCUAUCGAAGCACUUUAUUUACAGCUCUCGUAGGAACUGUGAACUACUCAAAGUCCACAGAUACUCAAAUAUUCGAGGCAAACCAGUUCAAAUCACAUCCAACUCGGUGAAUAAUACCUUGGUAAACAUCUGUUUUGAUGUCUUACAAGAGCUGGACUUUUCAGCAAGUACACCGAAAUAUAACCGAGUUUUGGUGGGGGAUCAGAAGCAAAAGACAUUCAUCUAUUCAUCCCUCCUACACAACAUUUGCAGAGCAAGAUAUCCAAUUACAAUUCAAUCUUUCACUAUCACUCAAAUCAAUGGCACAAUAGCAGUUCCAUACUAUUGUUUCUCCUAUUCAAGCUUCUUUCAAAAAGAUAAGUACAACAAUUCUCAUUCUCAGCUUACAUCGGACCUGUGAAUCACGACCAACCUCGGCCCGUCGCAAAGCCUGGAUCGCGCGCACGCCUCCAAGAUAAGAACAAUACCUCUACCAAAUCAUUAUCACUCAUCCAUUGACAAUACAUAACACCUUCACUUCCCCAAUCCAGCUUCAAAGCUUGGAAAACCUUGACUACAAAAUCUCGCCACUCCCACAUCAUCAACACCACCACCACAACCGACCUUCAACAAAGAUGGCGGAAUCCAUGUGCGGGCCCUCCAAUGCCGUGAAUACAUUUCAAAAACACACCUCCGUCGACCGAACACUACAACAAGAUCGUCUUAUAAACAGACAAUCCCCAUCACAGGUAGAUCACACAGCUUGCAUCCUCUAUAUCUAUGUACUAAUUAUGCACAGGGUUUCCGCUCCUCGCCCGGCCCAAAUGCAGGUCUGCUAGAUCCCGAAUUCGAGGCCUUUCAAGCCGGUCGUCCGCCCCUCGACUCUCAAGUCGCAACUCCCUUCACAUACACUCACACACCUUCUCCCUUCCAAGCAGCUGGUCCAUCAUGGGUGUCGGAUUUUCAAAAUCUGAAUAUUGCAGGUCCCGCGGCGCAAAGACAAACACAUACGCCGCAACCGCAACAACAUGAGGCGCUGAAAGGAUGGCAUCAAGAGUUUGUGCGGCAGCAGUCGGGGAUGAAUGCGUCACAUGUGCAGAGUCCAGUACAGAGCGGUUUGCAGAGUUCUUAUACUCCUAUGGCGUCGGGGAUGCACAUGGGGGGGCAGUACAUGGGGGGUAAUAUGAUCGGAGGGUUUCCAGGGCCACAAGUCGCAUCUUCGAUAGCGGUGCAGAAACAGCCUACUACGGAUAUGUUUGAUGAAGAGGCAUUUGCGCGCGCAUUCGAAGAGGCAGAGCAGGCAGAACUUGAGAUCCAAGCCGAACCUGAGGCUCUCGCUGAAGAAGGCACAGUAGAAACAGAGACGGAAGUGGCGACAGAAACCCAACAAACCAUCAUUUUAGACGAUAGCGUCCUCCUUGCCGAAUCCGCAGAACGUCUCAUGGAAAUGGAAUCAAACAACCAAACUCAACCAGCCAUCGGCGCAGAUUCCAUUCUCCCCCAAAACCAGACAGAGAGAGAUACACAUAACCACGAUGAUCUGGCGCGAACAGCCGGCCAGUUACUCACCAACGUGAGCAAUGAUACGAGUGACAAGUUCCAGCAGAGCAAGUUCCUCGAUUUGAUGCGUGCAUUUCGUGACAAGGAGGUUCUUGUUGACGGGGACAAGAUUGUGGCGAAGCCGUAUGCGGAUCUGGAGAAUGAUGCGGAGAGAGCGGUGGGUGUUGCUAAGGGCGCGACUGAGAAUGUGGUUUCCGCGUGAAGCAGAACUCGGUCGGGGUAAAAGGAACAGGGAUUCUGGAAGAAACUGUGGGAGGGCUGGUAGUGUGGUGGUUAUGAAGGUAGUGGUGGACAUAUAAAAGGGACCUUGUUCAUGGGGAAGAAAGUGCGACAGCGUCUACUUGGUUCUUUCGAUUUGCAUAGCGUGGGUUUCUACCUGGGGCGUUCGUUUACUGAAUUCUUUAUAAUUUCUUCACAAGCGGUCGUCAUGAUACAUUCAUGAUAAAUAUGUAGUAUUAUUGGUCUAGUCCUCAUUUCCUUCUCUGUGUAUGCAAGGGUUGCGAUGGUCUUCCAGGUAUCUUCCUUCUGCACGAGGAUGGAGAAGAAUAAAAAUAGACCUAUUUAUUUCUUACCGUUCCGUUCUUGGGGUUGUGGUUGUGGUUGUUUUGUAUCGUCCUUGUAUUUACGAAGCUUUUGUAUUUGCAGUUCGUUUCAUUAUGUAGGGAAAAUUUGAAAGGGUAUUGU